UGAGUGAGGUCAGCGGUCGAACACCAUGCGUGCACUACUAUUCAAACUCAGCGCCAAGCGCUUGCUCAACAACCAGAGCUCUCUACGCUUCUCCUGCAACACAGUUUCCGAUGCCGUCAUUCACCCCUCUGCAAUAGUUCACCCCAAUGCCGUUCUCGGCCAGGGUAUUUCAAUUGGGCCCUUUUGUACUGUUGGGUCGUCCGUGAAGCUCGCAAAUGGCUGCCGGUUACAUCCCGGAAGCCAUGUCUUUGGUAAUACUCAACUUGGGGAGCGUUGCGUUUUGAUGACUGGUGCCAUUGUGGGUGAUGAGAUACCGGGGCGUACUGUGCUGGGUUGCAAUAAUGUUAUUGGACACCAUGCUGUGGUUGGUGUGAAAUGCCAGGACAUGAAAUACAAGUCAGGGGAUGAAUGUUUUCUUGAUGUUGGGGACAAUAAUGAGAUCAGAGAGUAUGCUUCAAUUCAUCGGUCUUCAAAGUCAAGUGAUACUACAGUUAUUGGGAAUAACAAUCUUAUCAUGGGUUCGUGCCAUAUCGCCCAUGACUGCAAGGUUGGAAACAACAUCAUUCUUGCGAAUAAUACCCUUUUGGCAGGCCAUGUUGUGGUGGAAGAUUAUGCUCACACUGCAGGGGCUGUUGUUGUUCAUCAAUUCUGUCAUGUUGGUUCUUUCGCUUUCAUUGGCGGUGGCUCUGUGAUUGCACAGGAUGUUCCAAAGUACAUGAUGGUUGCUGGAGAAAGAGCUCAGCUCCAUGGUUUAAACCUUGAGGGUCUUCGGCGUCAUGGAUUCACAGUGGCAGAGAUCAGAAGCCUUAGAACAGCUUACCAAAAGAUAUUCAUGCCUGCUGAUGCAAACUCCAGUGGUUUUGAAGCACGUCUUGCUGAAGUGGAGCUCCAUGAUAAAUUGGCUCAUAUACCUGCUGUGUGCUCCAUGGUGCAGUCUAUCCGUGACUCUUUCAGAGAAAAAAGACGUGGACUGUGCAAAUUCAGACAUUGGAAUAGCUCUUAAAAGCACUAGUAACCUAAUACUAAUG